CGCACAUCCCAUUCCCCACAUCUCAAGUGAAGAGAAGUAGAACUAGUGGAGAGAGGAGAACAGGAGAUUAGAUCAGCUCGCACGCAAGCCAAAGGAAAAGGCAAGAUGCGGAGCCCAAGGGGUGGAGGCGGCCUGGAGCACGUGGAUCUGAUUCCCGGCAUCCCCGACGACGUCGCCGUGGACUGCCUGGCCCGCGUCCCGCACGCCUCCCACCGCGCGAUGCGCCGGGUCUGCCGCGGCUGGCGUAGCGCCGCCGCGGCGCCGGCCUUCGCGUCGGCGCGCGCCGCGGCGGGCGCCAACGAGGACCUGGUGUACCUGAUGCAGUUCGGGAACCCGUCCGCCGACGACGGGCCCAAGGACGGCGACGAGGGGCCGGGCAACGCCCCGGCGUACGGCGUGGCGGUGUACAACGUGACGACGGGCGAGUGGCGGCGGGAGCUUGGCGCGCCGCCCGUGGUGCCGGUGUUCGCGCAGUGCGCGGCGGUGGGGACCCGGCUGGCCGUGCUGGGCGGCUGGGACCCGCUGACCUUCGAGCCCGUGGCGGACGUGCACGUGCUGGACGCGGCGACGGGGCGGUGGCGGCGCGGCGCGCCCAUGCGGUCGGCGCGCUCCUUCUUCGCGUGCGCCGAGGCCGGCGGCAGGAUCUACGUGGCGGGGGGCCACGACAAGCACAAGAACGCGCUCAAGACGGCCGAGGCCUACGACGCGGAGGCCGACGCCUGGGACCCGCUCCCGGACAUGUCGGAGGAGCGCGACGAGUGCGACGGCAUGGCCACCGUGGCCGGCGACCGGUUCCUGGCCGUCAGCGGGUACCGCACGGCGCGGCAGGGCGGGUUCGAGCGCGACGCCGAGUGGUUCGACCCGGCGGCGCGGGCCUGGCGCAGGCUGGAGCGCGUGCGCGCGCCGCCCUCCGCCGCGCACGUCGUCGUCCGCGGCCGCGUCUGGUGCAUCGAGGGCAACGCCGUCAUGGAGUGGAUGGGCACCCGCCGCGGGUGGCGCGAGGUGGGGCCCUACCCGCCGGGGCUCAAGGCCGGCACGGCGCGCGCCGUCUGCGUCGGCGGCGGCGAGAAGGUGGUCGUCACCGGCGCGCUCGACGGUGUGGGCGGCUGCGGCGGCCGGCACGCCCUCUGGGUGUUCGAUGUGACGAGCAAGAGCUGGACCGUGGUGCCCCCGCCGCCGGAGUUCGCCGGCUUCGUGUUCUCCGUUGCGUCCGUCCGGAUCUGAGAAAACCUAGAUCUUCUUCGUCCUGUCCGUCCCUCCGCGAUCGAUCAAGAGACGUAAAGGCUACUGCUAGUGCUAGUGCUAGUACGGUAGUACCUGCUGUAUGUCCGUGCGCCAUUGCUGGAUCUGAUGAACACUGCUAGUUCGAGAUCUGCGCUCCCGUGUACCAUGGAUCUGGGCAUCUGCUUGGUACCCGUACGCCCUGCCAUCGAUUCGUCCAAGGAAGUGUAAGGUAAGGUGGUGACCCGACGCCAGCCAGAUGAGAUGAGAUCCAUUGAAGCCGACAGCCGAGGGUUGGGUGUAAAAUAUGGGUGUGGUGUUUUUGUCCCGAGGUGAAGGACACAGACUGUUGUUCGUUGCUCUUGUCCUACAGCCAUGCUUUUGGUACUGCGAUCCGAGUGCGUGUGAUCUGGAUGG